AUGCUAAAGGAUGAUGCAUCACUCAAUCGAACGAGAGCAUCGGCCGCGAUAACAGCCGGAAAGGACACAGCAACCACCACCACCACCACCACCACCACCAGCACGACACCAGCAACCACCACCACCACCACCACAACAACAAAACCACAACAGAGAAACCCAACAAAAAAAAGCGUGCUAUCAUAUUUCUCUUCGCCUGCCGGACAGAAGUUUUUAGACGAUUUGGAGAAGGAGGCGCGAGCAAAGCGCAACGCGAAGGCGGGGGUGGAGAAACAGCCAUCGCGGACCGAGAGCACUGAUGGGGCGGUGCACCACAUCUCACUCGCCGAUGGGCGCGAACCGCGGGGGCGACAGGAUUUGAGUGGAGGAUCGACAGCAUCGGCAGAUAGUGCGGGCAAAGCUGGUGCUGGUAUUGGGCGAAACAAGGAGCACGAGGUGUGCCCCGACAGCGACUACGAGAACAGGGACCACGUACGACCCGCCAGCGACCGACACGUUGCACCGGCUGUCUGGGGCGACGGCGGCUACAGCCAAUCACCGACCAGCCACCACAUCAGACCUGCAGGCGCUGCACAGGCAUUGAGUGGCGCACGUGAAGCCCCCGGGCGGGGCAGUGUGGAUGGAGACGUGUUCGAGGACUCCAAGAAGAAGAAGACGAACGUCGUCGUCAACGGAAACGGAAACGGAAACGGAAUCAAGCACGACGUUUCCAUACGCUCUGAGCUCUCUGUCCGCGACCAAGUGAAGCUGAAGCGUAGCUUCGACCAGCUACUGCGUGACAUCACCGAAGACCAGAGUACAUCCGAGAUGGGUCUCGGACGACUGGAGUUCGGUUAUCCGUUCAAGACCGCUCGUCGGACAGCUCCUACUGCAUCGGAAUCGACUACCGUUGCCACCACCACACCAGUCGCCGUCCAAACACCCGCUCGCGUUGGACCAACGUUCAGCGAGAAUGGAAUCGUCCCCCAGAUCCUCCCAGCCAACAACAGAGUCGUCUUGAUUGCGGAUGCCGCUCAAGACCCAACCGACUUGGACGCACGGGAACUCCACACGGGGUCCAAUGUCGUCUGGAUCAUCGAGAGCGACUUUCAGAUCAACGUCCGAACUCCUAAACAGGCCCUCAAGGCACCCGAAACUGUCGGCUCAUCCUCCAAAGUAAAACGGAUCAAUCCUCUCCGAGACACCGUUCGGCUGCGAUGGCGUGUAUUCCACCCCGAGUACACAGAAAAGAGCGAAUUCACCUUCGAGACAGCGGCCGGCUCCGGGUCCGAACUCAAGCGCAAGAUCACUGCCACCAUCGCGGAACACAAGACGAAGCGGACUCGCGACGACGAUGUUGAGACCCAUACCUUCAACGAGAAGCCGUCCAUGUCCACCGAGCCGGUGGUGAAGGAGCCCAGCACUGGGUAUCCCACCAGUCUGCUCGGUGCUAGCAUCGGUUUGAUUGAUGAAAUCAUGGGAUCUCCUACCGUACACCGCGUCGCUAUCCCUGAACCCCCCGUCGUCGUUAAGGAGGCGUUCGGCAUCCCGCAACCUAUCGUCGCACCAUUCAUCGCGCCUAUCAUCAAGUCUGUCAACGAUAAGGAGCCGGUUGUCACUAGGCCAAUCGUUGAGGAGCCUAUCGUUGAGGAGCCCAGCGUUGAAGAAGAGGCUGUUGUCGUCGAGGAGCCCACCGUCGAGGAACCAGUCAUUGAGCAACCCAUCGUCGAGCCCAUUACCGUUGAGGAGCCCGUUGUUGAGGAGCCCAUCGUCGAAGAAGAGGCCGUUGUCGUCGAGGAGCCCAUCGUCGAGCCCAUUGCCGUCGAGGGGCCCAUUGUCGAGGAGCCUGUCGUUGAGCAACCUACCGUCGAGCCCGUUACCGUCGAAGAGGCCGUUGUCGUCGAGGAGCCCCUCAUUGAGGAGCCCAUCGUUGAACAGCCCAUCGUUGAACAGCCUGCUACGGUCGAGGAGCCCAUCGUCAUCCCCGCGCCAGUCGAGGACGAAGUCGCCGAGGUCGAGGUUGAAGAGACCCCUCUCGUUUUGGACACCGCCUCAUCUCCCGUCACCCAGCUGCCCUCUCCCCUCUCUCGCGUUGCAUCCCCCAUUCCUUUGGAAUUUGAUGCAGAGGAGGAGGCCGAAAUCAAGGAGGCAAUCCAGGUGGCGAUGCAGGACGAGAUUUUGGAAACCGAAACCCCCGAGGUCGUGACCGAGACUCAAGCUCCUGUGGUCGAACUCGAUCUGUCGACACUUCCAGCUCUUCCCGACUCCCCCAUUCUCGAAGCCAUCGAUAUUGAGACCCUCCCGCCUCUUCCAGAGUCGCCUGUUCUUGAGGCUGUGGAAGCCGAGGAUUCUGAGGAGAUGGCAGACAUCGAACUCAGCGAUGCCCAGGACGAGUUGACCGUUGAGGGCGAUGUCCCUUCCACCGAGAUGGUCCGCCAGCCUUCACCCCCUUCGUCUCAACCCGGCACUCCUACGAUGGAUCACAGUGAAGAAUCGUUGAAGAUCGUUCCUUACAUGCCUCUCACUCCUCCCGAGACUCCAUUGAGCUUCCGCAGUUCUCGCGAGAGGACCAUCGAGUUCAACUUGCCCCUUCCGUUGAUCAUGCAGCCUGCGCCCCCGCCUGCCACUUCCAUCUUGGAUUCUCCCAUCUUCUUCAGAGGUAAGGACAGGCAGGUCGAGGACUCUCCGUCUCACUACUUUGUCCCAGCUCCUCCCUCCCCGUCGUCCCCAUCUCACUCGCUUCACGAUUCGCCUCUGUCGACAUCGAGAAUGCGCAGGAUCGGGGAGACAAUCAAGGAAGAGGACGAGGAUGUCGAAGAAGUUGAGAUUCCCGCCAAGGUUGAAGAUUACGAGAGUGAUGUCGAGGAGAUUGUCCGGUCCCCACGUGGAUACCCGUCGCCCCCUUCAUCUCCCAUGCAGGUGAUCGUGGACGCCCCGACCAAGUGCAAGGAGUUGACCCGUGUUCCUUCCUUCACCAUCAUCUAUACUCCUUCUCCUCCUCCGUCGAUCCGCGAUGUUGUCAUGGGCGAAGACGAGGAUGGUGGUGUUUCGAUUGCUCGUGGUGCAUCUCCCGCCUUCGACCUGUCUACCUCCAAGGGUAAAGAGCGCGAGGAAAUCGCACGGACCCUCCCCUCGCCGGUGCUGGAGCAACAUGAGGAUAAGGAUAUCGAGUACGACUCUACCUGCCGUGCCGCCUGGGCCACCGCCGACGACAUCUUCCUUGGUCAACCCGAGCACUACCACUACUCGUACCAAUACGACAACCGCCGUCCCCCCACCCCCGCCUCCUCCAUCUGUUCGCUUCAGCGACGGUGGUCCGGCGUUUCGCGCACCAGCUACCAGACCGGAAUCACCACCCCUCCCGCUUCUCGCCCGGGUAGUGCCCUCGGCUCCAACAAGCUCAUCGGAUGGAAUGAUUCCGACCAUGCUCUCCGCCGCAGUGACUCUUACACUGGCAGCAUCCGCCGCGACCAGAUGCGCGACCAGUCCCGUCCCCGCAAGCCGCUGCUUACCGCCACCGAGGGUUCCUCCGCUGAAACCGGCCGUCCCGCACUGCGAUGGAGCAUGAGCAUGCCUCUGAUUCGCGAGCAGUGGGCAGUCCAGACCGCGACAAUCUUGCCGGCCAAUCGCAGGGGCUUCGCCUCGGCUAUUCCGGACGAGAACGUAGAGGAGUACGACGUCCAGAUUCCCGGCACCAUCCAGCUUCUCCCUGCCACGCGUGGGGUCAUUGUUACCCCGCCCCGCAUCGAGCGUCGUCGCCGCAUGCGCCCGCAAUACGAAAUGGGCCCCCAUCGCCGCAAGAUCCGCAGUCUGGUUGUAUACUCGCCCGACGAUCAGCUAGAGGGCAUCGGCCAACUCUUUGGGGAAAUCCGUGAGUUCGAGGAGGUUGAGGACGAGUCAAGGGUUACCGAAAUUGUCGAGGUCGAAGAGGUGAAGCCAGUCGUGUCCGAGAUGCCAACUCUUCGCCGUGGAGAGUCCGUCAAGGAAAAGCUGCCGAACAUGAUGCGCCGUCUCAAGUCGCGUGCUUCAGCUCCCGAGGUCGAGAGGCCACACAUGUUGCGCCGGCUCAAGUCCAAGGCUUCCGCGGUCUCGAUCGACGGUGGUGCCGCUCUCCCUGUCGAUGAGAAGUAUUCUCUCCCUGUGCCCAGGAUUGUGGUGCAGAAGGCGGAGUCCCUCAACGAGCAAAAGCCCAACCUGCUGCGCCGGCUCAAGUCUAGGGCUUCGUCUUCCGACAUUCUCAAGAUUGCGGCUUCCGCUGCUCCCGUCGAGGGGAAGAUCAGUGUCCCUGCCCGCGCUACGUCCCCGGCUCCCGAGUCCGUCAAGGAGAAGAAGCCGAACAUGCUGCGUCGCCUCGGUUCCAGAUCUGAGAGUGACAGGCCGAACGUGCUGCAUCGCCUGUCUAGGGCUUCGUCUUCCGACAUUCUCAAGAGUGCGGCUUCCGCUGCUCCCGUCGAGGAGAAGAUCAGUGUCCCGGCCCGCGCUACGUCUCCGGCUCCCGAAUCCGUCAAGGAGAAGAAGCCGAACAUGUUGCGUCGCCUCGGUUCCAGAUCUGAGAGCGACAGGCCAAACGUGCUGCAUCGCCUGUCUAGGGCUUCCAUCCAUGACAUCGUCGCCGCUUCCCCUACUUCGGCCGAGGAGAAGAUCACCGUCAUUCCUCGCGCUACGUCGCCGGCCCCAGAGUCCCUGAAGGAGAAGAGGCCCAGCAUGUUGCACCGCCUCAAGUCGAGGGCUUCCAGCCACGAGAUUGUUGCGCCCGCCCCCGCCGCCGAGCAGAAGGCUAUUACCCCGCCACCCACUGAGGAGAAGCCUGACCACACUCUUGAUUACGCGGAUAGGCCCAUCACCCCCGAAUCUGACGAUGAUGAUAAGAUUUCCAUCGCUUCAUCCGCCGAGAACGGGCAUAUCGUUCCCGAAGCCAAUAACGAUGUCGAGGUUAUUCCUCGCGUUGCGACUCCGGUGCUGCAAGCCGAGCCCAUCAAGGAGAAGAAGCCGAGUGUUCUGCGUCGCCUUGGGUCCAGAGCGUCCUCCAUGCGCGAGGGCGAGAAGCCGAACAUGCUGAACCGCCUCUCGAGGCAUUCCAUGCAUGACGUUGUCGCCGCUUCCGCUGCCCCCGUCCAGGAGAAGAUUUCGGUCAUCCCUCGUGCGGUCACCCCGGCUCCUCGCGCUAUCACUCCGGCUCCUCCUCGUGCGGUCACUCCGGCUCCUCCUCGUGCCGUCACUCCGGCUCCUCCUCGUGCCGUCACUCCGGCUCCUCCUCGUGCCGUCACCCCGGCUCCUCGCGCUGUCGCCCCGACUCCCCGUGCUGUCGCCCCGACUCCCCGUGCUGUCACUCCGGCUCCUCGUGCUGUCACUCCGGUUUCACGUGCGGUUGCUCCAGCUCCCCGUGCGGUCACUCCGGCUCCUCGCGCUGCCACCCCGGUUUCACGUGCGGCCACUCCGGCUCCUCGCGUUGAAACACCGAUCCCACAGGCGGAUUCCAUCAAACUUGGGAAAAAGCCCAGUCUUCUGCAUCGUUUCAAGUCUAGGAACGGCACGCAGGAGAUGCUGGUGGCUACGCCGCCUGCUGAGGAGAAGGCCUUCGUCGUCCCCCGUGCUGCAACCCCGGUUUCGCAAACAUCGUCUGUCAAGGACAAGAAGCCCAACAUGUUGCGCCGUCUCGGAUCCAGGGCCUCGAACGUUAAGGACAAGCUUAAGGACAAGGUUUCCACUUCCUCGACGAAGAAGCUCGACAAGGGCAAGGGAAAGGUAGUUGUUUAG